AUGGUCGUGCCAAAGUGGCUGCCGGCCUUGCAAUGCGCCUGUCUGGUGCUGGUCCUGUCCGCCUACACUUGGGAGUGUGGGCCUUUCGUAGACCUCGGAGCGCUCGGUCAGGUUGAGCCGUCCGAGACGCGAUUCCUGCAGGAGGAGGAUGAGUACGAGGUGGGCAAUGGCCCUUUCGCGGACAUCUUACGGCCGCAUGAGAUGCAGCCCAUCUACCUCUUGCCUUUGACCAAUGGCUUGAAGCAGCUGCUGACGUUUUCCGUCUUCGGCUUCGAUUUCAAGACCAAGAUCAAGACAGGUUCCGCUGCAAAGAAGGUUGCAGGGUUCUUCGUGAGCUAUGUGGCAAAGCUGGCGUUCAUUUGCCUGGCUCUGAACUCAUACGUCAGAGACAUCCAAACUUUUCAGCGGUCCAGGGUGUAUCACCCGAGCUUUUGGCAGAGUUCACUGCUGCUUCUGGCAGUUUGGUGCACUUCCCACAACUUCUCGGCCGCACUGGGCUUGUGGGGGUCCUUUGAAAUCCAAUCUCCACGAGUUAUCUUUGCGAAGGACAUCGAGCGGGAGCGUUACUUUUCUGCAGGUCACCUCUUUGGCUUUUUUAAGAUAGGCUUCCCCUUCUUCCUCGGUGGGGCUCGCUGGUUGCAGUUUCCCAAGCAGAUUUACGCUAUUCUUCUGGUUCCAUACGUGCUUCCAUAUUUGUUGCUCUACUACUCGACGAUCAUGCUGCUUGGACUUUGGGCCAUUAUCUUCACAAAGUGCAUGUGCCUGUAUAAAUGCAUCAAGCUGCAUGUGCUUCUUGUAGUUGCUGGCAUCCUCUUCAUUGUCAGCUUUGGGCACAUCAGAGGUGUCGAGGAAUGCUGGGAGCGAACCUGGCCCUUCGUCUACCUCUUCUUCGUGCAGAUGUACGCGCGGCUCUUCAUACCUCCGCUUAUCGCCGUGCUCUUUGGCGUUUUCACGCGGGCUUCUCCAAGGAGCAUUUUUCGAGGCUUGGGCACCUGCAGGCACGAGAGGUUGGCCGGCUUGGAGAAGCAGGCGGUGGAGCAGCACGAAGCGAGCGGCCUCCUGUCUGGAAAGCUGGAAAUGCAGCAGGUGGAUGAUGGAAGCAGUACCGAAGAAGAGGAGGAUUGUAGAUGCUUGCAUGCCAUCUGCGCCUGGUUGGAGAAAUGCGCAAGAUUCUGUGACUGGCUCUUGCCACAGAGGAAAUUGCACAUUGAUGACACCGACCGCAAGACCUUGUUGAGACUGGAUUGGAGUCGCUUGAGUGGUGACUUCAAAUUCAACGAGGAGUGCAUGAAUGGCCUGAAACAGCACAGGGAUGAGCUAGACCAGGUCACGGAUGAACUGAAUGACUUUUCCCCGUUUGAUGAAAUGGAUAUGCAGUCGGGCGAGGAGCUGUGCGUCACGCCCUACGGGAAAGGUUUGGUGGACGUCUGCAUGGGCCGGGAGCUGCUCUUCGACUACGACGUGAACGUGGAGCACGCGGAGAGUCUGCAGUACCAGCUGGAGCACAAGGAUGACGAGAACACCAUCGACGAUGCCCUGGUACAGGUGGUGCUUCUCUCCAUUCGUUUUAUUGGAGACAUCGCCCUGCAGCAAGCUCUCACCAUCUGGCUUGUGCGCACCCUCUGGGCGCAUGACUUUGAAGGGGCCACGGAGGCCAUGAGGAUAACCGUGUCGGAGCGCACGCUGGCCAAGUACCUGGGAUAUCUCGCCACCAUGGGCGAGACAAAGCUGCACGAGGCGAUGAGCAUGGCGCCUCGUUUGGGGGCUGUGAGAGCGCCCGAGCCGCCUGAGCCCGGAGCGAACCAGCAGGGCUCGGGGGUUCGGGGGGUGCUUUGCAUCGAUUUCGGCCGAAAAAGGCCUGUGACGGGAAGGCCGGAGCGUGGGGGCGUGGGGCGUGGGGGCGUGGGGGCGUGGCGGCGUGGCGGCGUGGGGGCGUGGGGGCGUGAGGGCGUGGGGCGUUGGGGCGUGGGGGCGUGGGGGGGCGUGGGGGGCGUGGGGGGCGUGGGGGAGUGGGGGCGUGGCGGCGUGGGGGCGUGGGGGCGUGAGGGCGUGGGGGCCCACGGGCCACAAAAAGCGAACAUCGGCGGGUCCUGCGGCCGGCAUCUCCGCAGGUCUUGCGAGAGAUUGACACCGGACAAAGCUUUCGCCGCAGCUCGGCUGCGAGGUUGCUUUCACCGCUUGGCCAACGUCAAGAAGAAACUCUUCGUUUGUUUGAACGACUGCAUCAAGGUCUGGGAGUACGACAGCUUGAAGAAGCCGAUUGUCUUGCCUCCUGCCAGGCCACCGAACUCCUUGGCAAGGGUGGGGCGACCCUUGGAGCUCCUGGUGCACAGGCAACGACUUAUCCUCGUUGAGAGCAACUGCUGCCUCCUGUGGCAUACAGAAACCCUGGAAUUCGUUUGCUGCAUCCAGCACGACGACACGGGUGCGGCCUUCGGCGAGGUUGACCCGGCCGCCUUGGAAGGCCGUGCUGACGCCCAUGCAUCUCAGUCACACCGUUUACGAGAGACACUUGAGGUCCAGUGGAUGGGUGACCUGCUCAUGACCUGGGGCCGGGGCAGCUUGAAGUCUCUGAAUGUUUGGACCUUGGAUGGCAAGGGCAAGGCCUUCCUGAGGACGGAGAGCCCUUUGGUGCAGGUGGAUGUUGCGAGAGUGACUUGGCAAUCCGUCUACACGCUGGAUCACUUCAUCCUUUGCGCUUUGGACUCCAGGUCGGUGGUGACCUUCUGGGACUCGAAGGAAGACUUCGCGCCCAUCUUCCGCUUCUACUGCGGCUGCGAGGAGCCCUUCGACCUGGUGCUGACACAGGAUUUCCUGGUGGUCAUCAACGACAACAUCUCCGCCAAGUGCUUGGACCUUUGCUUCCUGAAGCUGUGGUUCCACCCCGACUUUGAGGCUGGCCCAGACAGCACGGGUCUGAGGAAGUCCGAGGCGCAGCAGCAACGCGAGGCAUCAGUACAGCGCUCGCGAUUUCCGGCGGGAGCUCGCUUUGCUCCGCAAGGUGGAAUACUCCCAGCUGGAGCGGCCGUGACUGGUCUCAUGGCUGGCUUGGACUUGGCCUCGGCUGCGGCGGCGCAACUCAGCGGCGACACCUUGCAGCGCUUUCUAUACAAAGAGCUGCGGCCGAACUGUCGACCCAUCAAGACGCUCAGCAUUCCAGACAUUGACACGUACUUUGCCUCGUACAGGAAUUUCCUGAACAUGUGCUCUUUCCACAAGUCGGGUCAGGAAUCGCUGAGUGUGUACCGUUCUAGCUCGCUUCAGAAGAAGGUGUUUUUCCCCCCUGCGAAGCACACCAAGUUCGAAGAGUGGUUGGCUUUGCAGGUGCACAAUGAUGGCACGGUCGUGGUUCAUGACUUUAGACCUCACCAGAUGGCCUUCGACGAGCUCGAUAGCAUCACAGGUUUGUCGACCUUCGACGCGGCCAGGGCUGCGGCCUGCGUCGAGCCAGACGUGCCUGAGUCCCUGAGGGACAGAGCCUUGCCUCUCGCGAGGUGCGAUGUCCAGGUGCAUGCCGUCACCAGGCGCCUGGCCCGAGACUUCGAGGGCCUCUUCCCGGACCGGCAGCUGCUCAAGGAGCCCCACGUCUUGGUGACGCUGGCGCUACAGACGAAGCACCGCCAGUCCGCAAUGUCUGCUGAGAUGCUUAGUGAGAGGCAGGUGUGCUAUGAGAAGCUGGUCACGAGGAUGCAGGCCUUUAAGCAGCACUUCGACAGCUUGGGGCGGUGGUGCGAUUUCAUUGACCCCUCCACUGGUGCGCCGUUUCAUUCCGAUUCUUCUACCACUCUCUUGGAAUGUGAUGAGUGCUACCGCCGGCUUGGCUUCGAGAUUUUGGAGCUGGGCUGCUGCAAAGCUCUCUGCAACAAGCGCUUCGGCCAAUGCUUGGUGAUGACGACUGCCUUCGUCCAGGGUGAGGACGUGGAAGCCGCUUUGCCUUUGCUGGACCCAGAGGCGGAGGCUGGCAAAGGUGAGCCAGACGCCUUGGAGGCCACAGGCGUGGCCGAGCCCAGCGCGGGUGACGCGUCCGAAGCGAAAGACGCAGGCGCGGCCGAGCCCAGCGCGGGCGACGCGCCCGAAGCGAAAGACGCAGGCGCGGCCGAGCCCAGCGCGGGUGACGCGUCCGAAGCGAAAGACGCAGGCGCGGCUGAGCCCAGCGGGGGCGACGCGCCCGAAGCGAAAGACGCAGGCGCGGCUGAGCCCAGCGCGGGCGAUGCGCCCGAAGCGAAAGACGCAGGUCCGGGUGGCUGCGUGGUGACGUGAAAAAGGAGUCAUGGGAGUCACACGGCUUCGGCCGGAACCGAUACGAGAGGUGCGCGAGAG